AUGCCCCCAAGUCGUGGAAUGAAAGAGGCCUCGCAAGGCUCGGUACUGGAGAAGGGCGUCGAAAAGUUGUGUCAGGAACUCGAUAGAAUUUUCAAGGCAGAAGGCAGUGAAGAAAUCGCCGAAGACACUCUGGAAUCAAUCUACGAUGCUCUGCACACGGCGAAGGCAACGGAUGCCAUAACUGAGACAGCUGUGAGAAGUCUUCUUUCAAUAUUGGAGAAUGAUCGCGGCGAGUUGUGCUGUCCUUUCGACGUGAAAGUUUUCUGUGUUAUACUUGAAAUUGCACUUAAAAGCGAGGUGUGUCGAGAAAGUGAGCGUGUUCUCGUUUUGCUUGCUAAGGAACUUCACACCCAAUCAAUACCUCAGGAAACUGAGAGCUCCCACGGUGUUUUGGUCGAGAUCGCAAAGCAAGUGAGCGUCGCUCGCCUUAUUGAAUACUUUGUCGAUAAAUCGAAGCCAGACGGAAUGAGAAGAUGGGUUGGUAUCAUCAUGCAGCAGCUCUUAAGAGGCCCGGAGGCAGUUUCUGAGCAAUUUCAACAUACACCCGAGGACGUCAGCAUUGGUCCCAUGAUUAUCAGUGAAGAUAAUGAAAUCCUCAGAUUGAUUUGUGGACGGGUUUUUGCGCUACUACUAAACGCUGAUGUUCUGCCUGAAGAACUCUGCCCUGUAAAAACCGACAAAAGGGAAUACGAGGAUUUUCCAGUUGAUUUGCAGAAUUCAAAUGAGUGGAAAUCGCAAUUCCAGCAGUGGGUAGAUCAGAAGUGGCCCGAUAAUGAAAGCCAAACACCACCGCAUAUGCUUUAUUACAGUCUUAGUGUUGUGACUAUACCACCAUUUCGACUGGGAACAUUGGGUGAGAGUAUAGAGCUGGUUCUUGAAGACGGCUAUAUUCUUCUGCUGAAAAGCUCUACGGAACAAGAAUUGGAUCAAAUACUACAAGUACCAUGCAACUCUAUCUCCCGAGUUUCUGUCAUUGACAACUCUAUUAUUAUCAACGAAAGAGAAGUUUACGAUAUUGUUUUUGACAUCAAGAAUGACCAAGAGCGAUCUUCUUAUCUGAAUUCCCGACCUACCACUCUUCAACAACUACGUUUGACCACAGAUUCAAAUAGGAACGAAUUAAUGAUCGAUCUUCACGAUGAAUGUCCCGAAGCAGAAUUCCAACCGGAGCGGGUUCAAGUGUCUCAAGCCGAAGAUGAUAUACUAGUUCAAGGAAAGGGAAGUUCGCCAGAUGCCGAGAGUUACGAACGGCCCUCGGAAGACGAGCAUCAAGCAGCAACAAGUGAUCCAAUGACGUCUGAGUCCGAGGACGAAGCACUAGAUACCCUGAAUAACCUUGACUGUCAGGUUCACGGCGAAGAUUCUCGACAUCAAGCAGAUGAUAAUAUAUCUUUGAACGUGCUUGAUAAUUUGGACCACUCCCAACAAAAAUCGAGCAGAGAUUAUGCAGCGAACAAAGUCAAAUUACCUGAGAAUAGUGGUGUUUCGAGCUUCAGUGACUCACCUACGAUGCCUACACAUCAAAAGAAUAUCCCAUCAUUCGACGAAGCUUUAGGAAUAGCCGACAGAAGUUCUGAAAUAAGUGGUCGGACACUUCUUUUGAGGCAGGAAAGCAAAUCUCGCUCUCAAAUUUCUCAACCUCUACCGAUCACCGAGAUAUCACCCCAAAAGAUUGCAGCCAAUGUCACCCUUACUGUCAAGACUAAAGGUAAAGUGUCUGCAAGUCUAAAAAUCGGAAGAGAGGUACUCAUACCAGAAGCACAACCAAGUACUUCUCAAGCACCACCGAAUCAAAAUACCAAUUUGAAAGCUAGUAAAGUGUCAAAGAAAUAUGCUGUUAAACCCAAAACACCAAUUGCGGGCGUGAAGAGCUUAAAAGUGAUUAAUCCUUUGCCAAAUUUACCGGAGACAGCAAUUUCAGCUUCUGCAAACGAGAAGAGAUCCGAUGAAGGAUCUGCGCGAAUCCAGACAAAUAUAUAUGAUCUGCCUGAGAUCAACGAAGAUGGCGGAAGUGAUUCAAAGACGGACGGUCAAAAUAACCAGGGGACAAGAAAAAGGCCUGGCAGUUCAAAACAAAAGGGCAAAUCAAGUAGCAAAGGCAAGGGAAAGAACACAAAGACCUACCAAAAAGCCAAGCCCGCCCCAACGGCAGUCGAGGAAUCUGUAGUCGCGAAGCGGAGUAGCCAAAGAGCGGCUGCUAGUCAAGCCAAACUUAGCAUGAGCAAAAUCAACGACGACUUUGAGGAAAUUGAAGAUGAUUUUUCAGAUGGGAGAGACAAUGAACCAGCGCAGCCCAAUGUCUCGCGAAAGCGUAAGACGGCGGAGCAACCAGCUGAGCCAGCUUUUUCUGAGAUCAAGUUUGCUUCAGUGCUAGAGUCGGCUGCAGAGGAAGAUAAGGAAGCAUUGGUUCUUCAGCAGCAAGAUGCCCAGGUACUAAGUCUAGUUGAUAACAGUCUCCCUCCUGGAGACUCAUUCGCAGUUGAUGAUUUGUACUCUGCUAGUCCGCCGAGACAAAAGGGUCAACAAGAUUACAAUCAAGAAACCCCCACGAAACCUUCCCGAAAGACCGCAGCUGUGAAUUUCGCCAGCCAACUGGAUGAUCUCCUGAGCGACGAUACUAAGGGUGAGAACCGGAUCCCUCACAUCAAAGGUUUGAACAAGAGUCUCUUCAAGAAAAACUUGUCCCCAAUUACACCACCAGAAAAGUCAGGAAACCUUCAGCAUAUUACAUCAGAAAAUAGAUCGAGUAUCAUAAACAAAGACUUGUCAGAAACCGUGGUCGAGGAUUCCAAAUAUUAUAAUAGUCGCGAUGGCCGAGAUGCAGAUUCAGAGGAGCUACAUUUAGAGGAUGGAAAUUUGAGCCAGCCAACUCAACGUGUUGAAGAAGUGGUGCGCGCAAUUCCACGCGAGACGGAAGUCAAGAAAAGUCAAAUGAUCAAAAAGACAGAGGAUCUCGAAAAAAUGACAGACACUAAGCUUCAUACCAGAGUAGGCGAGAAGAUUAUCACGAAGAUGGACGAGUGUGUACUCACCACAGAUAUAAUCGACCCAGUACUUUCAAUUCCAAGCCACUCCUUAAGCAUAUCUUCGAUUAACUCCAAGCAGGAAGCGAUUCACGAACCAGUUGCUACAAAGGCUUCAGCUUCCACUGACCAUCAAACUGAAAGUCUGCUAACUCUACAACUAUCAGACGUCGAUUUGGUCGAGGAAAAGAAGCGAAAGGUUGCAACAGAGAUUGCUAUACCACCCAAACGCCGUAGACAAAUUGCGACAAAUAACUCAGGAAGCCCUUCAAUCUCAUCAUCUGGUCCCCGCGCACAAGAAAAUGCACCUCCCGAAAGCUUGGCUAGCAAUAAUAGAGUUCUACUUGAUGAUCGAAGUAUUCGCAAGCCAAAAUUCAUACACUUUAAUGCUAAAGGUGCACAAAAUCAGGGCUUUUCUGGUACGUCAAUACCUGUUCCGAAACGAGACCCUAGGUUACACAUCAAAACAUCGAACACUGCGAAAGUCAAGUCGCAAGACAUGGUAAACAGUAAACGAAGACAUGAUGAUCAUCAUGACUCAGAUGAAGAAAGUUUAUUCGUUUCUCAAAGUCCACCCAGAAAGCGUCAGAGUGUUAGUCCGCCGAACGUAGCUUUGCCAACAGAUACGCCGAUCUUGGUAGAUGGUACAACCAGUCCUACAAUUCCCACAGCUCUUAAAUCAAGCUCACAAGGAUCUCGAGUGGAUGCGUUUGGUAGCCCACAAGCACAACACAUUGUACCUUCCAUUGGUCAUGCUCUCCGAGUCGAGCAAAGAGAGGCAGUACCAGAGUCUGACAAGGCAGGGCCACGAACUAUGGACUCUUUUCAGGAUUUACCUGAAAUCAAAGUUCUGUCUCCUGAAUUGGACGCCAAGGAUACUCCAGAGCUUUUUGGUCCGCGUAUCAAGGUAGUAAGCAUCCCAAAAGCACGUCCUGCUCCACCGGGAGAGUCUUCUGUUCGAUACAUCCCGCAUACAAAAACUCAGAACGGAUCUUAUAAAGACAUUUCAACCAUGGAGAACAUACAAGAGGUAAAAGUUCUGCCGGAUCCAUUCGUUGAUGUCGACCAUCACAAAUCAAGUGGGUUUACAGAACGAUUACGGGCACGUGAGGCUGAUGGAGGCUUGAAUGUUCGUUUCAGCGAUCCUGACAAAACUCUAGUGGAGAUGACAGAGCAAAGCUAUAGUAGAGAGUCAUCUUCACCGAGUGAAUUGUCGAGUAAUUCAUCUUUCCGAUCGACUGGUUCCUCUAACAUUCCAAGACAAGAAUUAUCUCCCCAUAGUCAAUGGUCAAAGGCUGUCAGACCACAUUACAAGGGAUAUGCAGAUACUGUUCAUAAAAUUGCCGAUGAGAUGGUGAUUAGAUUGACCAAUGAAGAAGAUGCAUCAGAGCUGGUUGUUCGGCAAUACAAGGAGAACGCUACGAGUAUGCUCGAGGAUUUGAGUAGCAAGCGAGAUCUGGAGAAGCUCAACAUACGCCAACAAAUCGAAAAUAAGAAGACAGAAUUGAUUCGAAUGUAUUCUGAAGCUGGGAAAGCCGUGAAGCAAAUCGAAAAGGAUGUAGCAACUUCUCCCAUAGGUGAUGUUGAUGGAACGUGGCAGGAGAGACAAGAGUUCAUACAAAGAGAAUUGAAGGUAGGGAGACGCACAUCGGAUUCAUGA